CCCGAAAUGGACAAAGGGAUUCAAGUGGACAGUGAAUAUUGAGUAUGCAACCCUUAAAGCUCUCAAAAAUUCUAUACGUGCAGUAUACCAAACACCAGCACUUGAAAAUGAUGGAGCAGUAUUCAACAUGAUAUGCGACAGCACAAAAUACUCAUCUCGAAAUAACCAAGAAUUUCGUGAAAUGCUCCAUCUCCUUGUCUCAAAAAACAGUUUCAAUGAAGAUCCGAAUCCAGAUGUAUUCGUAUUUCUAAUCUUUUUUUGUGGUUGCUCUGAUACAAAAACCAAAAAGUUCCAAACCACCCUGGAUAAAUUAAUGUUAGAAUUAAAAACCUGCCUUGCCACAACACCCAUCAACCUCUCAUAUGAAGCAACAAAAAUAAUAUAUACCUACUUGUACCUUGCAUCUGCUGUCUCGCUCUUCGAAAUAUUGAUAAGGAUCUGGCCUGAAAAACUCAUUGAAGGAAAAAAUGGGCAAGGUAAAACUGAUUAUGUGAUGGAAUCAUGUGCGACAGGACAGAUUAUCAGCGUUGUAGAAGUCAAGAGAGAGGAUUUUUUGCAAGGUAUUGCUCAGGCAAGCGUAUAA